ACGGCCUUCGGGAAACAAUCCCGCACGCUCGAGCGUGGUCGUACGUCGAACUUCACGCGAAAGCAAGCACCGCGUCUCGCGCAUCGAUCGCGCGAGGGGACGCGCGCGCGAACGCGAUGACCGCCGCGGCGUUCGGUGCGAUCGGGGGCCUAUCCAAUACGACUUUCGCCUCCGCGCGCGUCGCGUCCAGCGCGCGCGCGUCUCGAUGCGCGUCGCGCGCGAGGCAAUCGAUCUCGACGUCCCCCGUCGGAUCGCGCGGCGCUGAAACGCGCGGCGCGCUCGUCGUCGUCGCCGCGAAGAAGAAGGGCAGCGGCAGCUACGAGGACGAUUACGCGUACUACGGCGACUUGAGCUCGUUCGACUCGUACGACGAGUACGACGACGCGGGCGCGGGGGGGUACGCGUCGUACGCCCCGACCAAAUCCGGCGGCGGCUCGAGCGAUACCGGCGGGAAGAAGAAAGGCGCGGCGAAGCGACAGAAGAAGUCCAAGAGCAGGGACGAGAACGACGUCCCCGCGAUCGCGGCCAACGUGCGAGCGGUCAUCAACAGCAAACAGAAACGCAAGCCCGACGCGGGCGCGAUCGGGAGCUCGCUGGACAUCGGCUCGAGCCUCGACUCGGACGACGGCGACUUCGUCCCCGCGAACAGCGCGUGGAGUGGGGCGAACAAGACGAUGUUCAACGCGGAUCUGUUGACGUCCGUGGACGAGUCCGACCUGACGUUCGGCGACGCCGUCCCCGCGGACGCGCCCGUCGCGACGGUCGUCUACACGCAGAAGGAGAAGCCGAAGGAGAAGCCGAAGGAGAAGGCAAAGGCGAAGGAGGAGACCGCGAGCGCGUCCAAGGCGACGAAGAAGGCGAAGACGACGCUCGUGAAGUGGGGGUUCGCGGAGAGCGAGGUGGACAAGGCGCUCUCGGAGACGGAGGUGGAGCCGGAGGAGGGCGAAGGCCAGGCGGGGUUCAACAAGAAGCGGCAGGUGGACGCGCUGGACUGGCUCUUGUUGAACGCCGCGGAAGACACGAUCCCGGUGGAUUACAAAAACGACGCGCUGCGCGUCAGGAGCGCGUGA